CAAUGCAUACAUCAAAUUCCUCAAAGGAAGUGGAGCGAAAAUGUUGCUCGAAUAUGUUAAAGAUAUGCCUAAAGUAGGAUCAAAGUUAAAAGUUCAAAUUAAUUCUAUUCUUAGUACACUAUUAUUCACAUGGAUUGUGGAACUAAUCUUUCCGGUUAUGCUAACAUAUCUCGUGUAUGAGAAGCAACAGAAGCUUAAAAUUAUGAUGAAGAUGCAUGGUUUGAAAGAUGGUCCUUACUGGAUGAUAAAUUAUGCUUACUUCUUCGGUCUAUCAGCUGUCUAUAUGAUAUUGUUUGUCAUUUUUGGCUCCUUGAUAGGUUUGCGUUUGUUUACAAAAAAUGACUAUAGCAUUCAGUUUGUUUUCUACUUAAUACACAUAAAUGUGCAGAUUGUACUUGCAUUUUUCGCGUCAUCCUUCUUUUCUUCUGUCAAAAUAGCCACAGUGGUUGGUUACAUCUAUGUAUUUGGUUCUGGUUUACUAGGGGGGUUUCUUCUGCAUUUUUUCAUUGAGGAUACAAGUUUCCCGAAGGGUUCGAUAGUAGUCAUGCAGAUGAUCCCUGGAUUUUCACUUUACCGAGGAUUAUACGAGUUUAGUGCAUUCUCUGGAAAUGAAAAUGGAACAGGUGGUAUGAAGUGGGCUAAUUUGAGUGAUCCGGUCAAUGGAAUGCGUACCAUAUUGAUUAUUAUGGUUAUCGAGUGGGCAAUACUUCUCCCAUUGGCAUUUUAUUUCGAUAAUGUUUCAUUAUUGGAUGGGAGACUUCGAAAAAGGAUGUUAGUCUUCUUUAAAUGUUUUAGAAUGCGAGCAGUAUCAUUCAAGAGAUAUAGCUUUGGGCGACUAGGAUCUAAUGUACUAGUUGAAAUGGAGAACCCUGACGCUACUCUAGAGAGAGAGGUAGUUGACCAUCUUCUGUUGGAACCUAAUUCAAACUAUGCUACUAUAUGUGAUAACCUAAAAAAGGUGUAUCAUGGAAUGGAUGGGAACCCUGACAAGCUUGCAGUUCGUGGGUUGUCCCUUGCCAUCCCAAAAGGCCAAUGUUUUGGAAUACUUGGCCCGAAUGGGGCUGGGAAAACAUCCUUCAUCAGUAUGAUGACUGGUCUCAUUCCACCCACAUCUGGUACUGCUUAUGUCCAUGGAAUGGAUAUACGGACUGAUAUGGAUGCCAUCUACACAAAUAUGGGUGUCUGCCCACAACACGACUUACUUUGGGAAACAUUAACGGGAAAAGAGCAUCUGUUAUUUUAUGGGAGACUAAAGAAUCUUAAAGGUGUUGAAUUACUGAAGGCAAUUGAUUAUUCUCUGAAGAGUGUUAAUCUAUUCCAUGGCGGUAUCGGCGAUAAGCAAGUGAGAAAGUAUAGUGGGGGCAUGAAACGAAGGCUAAGUGUCGCAAUCUCUUUGAUUGGGGAUCCCAAAGUUGUUUUCAUGGACGAGCCAAGCACUGGACUAGAUCCAGCCUCAAGAAAUAAACUGUGGAGUGUUGUGAAGGAGGCAAAGAAAAACCGAGCCAUUAUUCUUACAACACAUUCAAUGGAGGAGGCAGAGAUAGUAUGUGAUAGACUCGGUAUUUUUGUUAAUGGUGGUUUCCGAUGCAUUGCAAAUCCAAAAGAGCUAAAAGCUAGAUAUGGGGGCACCUACAUCUUCACAAUGACAACAUCUUUGGAACAUGAACAAGAGGUUGCCCAGCUGGUUCACCGUUUGUCGCCAAGUGCAAAAAGGAUAUAUCACAUAUCUGGAACACAAAAAUUUGAGCUAGCAAAGCAGGAGGUGAAGAUAGCAAACGUUUUUCAUGAAGUUGAGAGUGCCAAAUGUCGUUUCAAUAUACACGCUUGGGGCCUCACUGACACAACUUUGGAGGAUGUCUUCAUCAAGGUUGCCAAGGGAGCAUGAGUUUUCACUGUGAAUGCUUAGAUAUCCAAUUUAUAAGUGAUUAUUGCUUCAAUUUAUUGAGAAUAAACAAUUUAUAAUGCCCGUAUGAAAUUCCCUAUGAUUCUGGCUUAGCAUGGCUUGAUAAAUCAAU